UAUGGCAAAAAGGAAAGUUUGGUCAUUAUUAAGCCCAGGUUCCAUUUUUUGUUUUAAAAGCAUUGUUCAGAUUCCAACCAUGUACAUGGAGAGCGAUCGAGUAAUCUGAAAGUCCUCAAUCCUGAAAGCAUCCGACAGUUUAAAGAUGACAGAACAGGAAGACAGAAAGGAAUUCGUUUCUCUUUCUCCCUUGCCUAUUCUCGCAAGACUGGAUCGCCUGGAACAUAUGUUGCAAAUAUUCCAAGAAAAGAAUCGAUCCUUGCCAGUGUGGACAAGUCCUUCUGCUAUAGAAAUGGAAGGAGGAGGAGGGGAGCAGUACUGCAAGACUCUAUCCUCUGCACUGCAGGAAGUUCAGCUGAAAGGAAACAUCAUCGAGAGACUGCAAUCGCUGGAGAAUCGAGUAGCAGAGAUUAAGACUUUAAAGGAGAGCAGGCACACAGAGGGAUGCUUAAAAAAUUCAGAAGAUGGCCAAAAGUCCAAAAGGGCAUACAGGAGAAAAUGGUUUGGAUGGAUUCCAAUAAUAAAAACUUCGACCCGGCACCAAAGCUAAGAUACAUCAUCGUCACCUUUUAAUUGUUCCAGAUAAAUCAUAUUCAUAUUCUUACAUACAGAAUUGUACAGGGAAGGAGGGCAGAUCAGAUGAGGUGGGUCUUCCUGCUUUUGACAGGCAUUAUCUGCUCAAUUGAUUUCAGUUGUGGGGCUAUCCUCAAUUUAUUAUUUUAUUUUUUAUCUUAUCUCUUCAUUUAUAACAAUAAUAAUAUGGCUCAUAUUUUUCUUUUUCUUUUU